AUGUUGAAUCCCGUUAUGAGGCGAUUGCUGCUAGGCAUUGCGUUGGCGCUUGUAUUGCUUUCCUACUUCUUUUUCAAGGAGAGACUAGGAGAGUUUGGCAUCACCGCAGCUGAUCGAGUGGUUCAAGAUGCCGUCAAGCCUGACCGUGGUAUGCUAUCGGAUAUAAAAAAGUGGCAAAGGGAGUCGCAGAUACGACGAAUCGUAGGACUGGUAUUCUAUGGUAGGCGCAGUCAGGCCUCGAUUUUGGACUGUUACCUCAAGCGCAACCUUGUUAAGAAUGGCGGGAUCCUCGACGAGGUUAUCUGGCUUCAACGCACCCAGAACCAAGCUGACUUGGCCUUCCUCGACAAGCUUAUUCACUCUGAAGCGGGCUACUCACGAGUCGACGUCCAGCAUAGUGACGGGAAUUAUGCAAGCGCAUACGAUGGAAUCGAGGAUGACGUUCUAUACGUCAAGGUAGACACCGACAUUGUAUAUAUCGAAGACAGCACAAUCUUGUCCAUGGUGCACCUGCGAGCUACUCGGCCAGACUAUUUUGCUGUUGGGGCCAAUAUUAUUAACCAGCCCCUGAGCAGUUGGCUGCAUUGGGGCCUAGGCGUUGUACGGCCAUACUUGCCAGAAACCGAGGUGUUUUACCCCAAAGAUGACGAAAAACAGGGUCAACAGUCCAUUAGUUGGCGCGCGUCGCUUCUUCCCAAGUGGAACGCCCCCAACGCUUUCAACAUGUCUGAAUGGUCUCCGCCUGAGGGCCGGAAGCACCGAUGGCUGCCAGUUCCUCACGGGGUCGACCACAUUCUCGACGGGACGCCUAUUACGACAACGACCUAUGAUGCCUACACGAGCCCUGGCUGGUGGAAUUGGAUAGUUGGCGCGCAGCAGCACUACAGUUUUUUGGAGCAUCUAGAGACAGACCAGCUGUGGCGUUAUCGGUUUCACGCCUGGGACUAUCGAGACCUUCGAAUGGGCAUCCAACUCAUCGCGAUGACCGGCAAGGAUAUUAAUAAUGUUAAGCCCAUUGCUGCAGAUGACGAGGAUUUCUUUAGCGUCAAGAUGCCCCGGAAACUGGGACGUUCUGUGGUGGCAGCCGGCGGAGGUGUCGCGGCUCACUAUAGCUUCGGCGCCCAAAAAGACGGCAUGGCCAAGACGGAUAUUUUGGACAGGUAUCGCUCGUACGCUCAGGAAAAGAUAUGUAAAGGACCGAUAUUGUGGUCGUCAGAGGCGGACGAUCCAGCUAAAUAG